ACAAUGCGAAUUCAUUCGUUAUGAAAAGAAAUAUAAAACUAUUUUAUUUGGAUUUUUUUUUAUAUUGUCAUUCUUUAAAAAUUACUUUUUUUAAAAUAAAUAAAAUAAUUUUAAUUUUUCUUCUCAAAAAUUCGAUUGAAUUUCGACGUACAAAUUCAUUCUGUAUGCAUGUAUACAUGUUUUUCAUACGAAUGCUGUGGUUCGAAUCAAAGCUGUCAGUUCAGACAGCAUUUCACGCGAACUGUCAUUCGGUUGCUUUGAAUAUGAACAAUUGCAAACGGUUUUCACUGCAUGAAGCCGCAUUCUGUUUAGUGAGCACGCACUUUCAGAAUUUUGUGAUUUUAUUUUAAAUUGAUUGAAGUGAUUUAGUUCAAACCUGUAAUAAAAUGGGAGUAGACGAUGAUAUAAGGCAAUUUGAAGAAUGGGCCGAAAGUUUAGGCUGUUCGACAAAGUGCCUGCCUCCAAAGAAGACAUUAAGUCGUAUAUUUUCAUCAGGUCAAGCAUUGGCUUUCAACGAAUUAAUGCGUCGUGUUAGACCACAGCAAGAAGUGAAAGCUAUACGCGAUGAAACGAAAGUACGAAAAAUUGAACGGCUCAGUGGAAAUGUGGUCGCUGUGAAAAAGGUUCAAUCGGAGCAGUUGUACUUGUAUCAGACCAAAAAGAAGUUGGAAGAACGAUUGGAACAACUGAAAACAAAGGUUGCCACGCAAAAGGAACAGUAUAACAAAUUGGCCGUUUCCUCUAAAGAAAACAACAUUCAAAAGAUGCAAUUGAAAGAGGAAAUAGCUGAUAUCACAGCCAAAAAUGCCAUUUUCAAGUUGAAAACCAUUGACAUUGAGCGACAAAUUCAGUUGGAAAACGAAAUUGGUAGAAAAAUCGAUCUGAUCACGCCAGUGAAGUUCAGCGGUUAUACCGGCAUGGACAAGAGUUCGAUGGACGCAUUGGCAACUGCCAAAGCCGAGCUUCAGAAGUUCUACGCCACUUUCAAUCACACGAAAAGUUAUGAAGUCAAUUUGGUGGCACGUCAACAGCUCUGGCAAAAGUUGCGCGAGACAUUUGCUCAGAUACCAAAUUUGGUUCUAUGGACCACAAUUAGCGAGCAGAUGAAACAGCCAGUGUCGAUGAUGGAGUCGCUAAGCUUGAUGGACAUGGAAAAGGUGUUGUACGUUGAUGCCGGUCACGGUGAUGCAACACGAAAGAAUAAUCUACAAAUCGAAAUUGGUAAGCUGUAUGCGAAACACAUCAAACUCUGCAUCGUACGAAGAGGCAUUAACAAACAUAACGAUGAGCUUGUAAAAGAAUACGUCGUAUGUUAUGAGUCAUUUCUAAACGAUUUACGCACCAAAUUCACCAUGUACAAUAAUCAAAACAUUGAUGAUGAAUUUUUGGGCGAUUACUUGGCCAUUUAUUCGACAUUACAUUAUGGUAAAGGCGAAAUUGAGUUUCUGCUCAAGAGGGUCGACGAGAAUGAGUUGGAAAUUCAACGCUGUAAGAAAUCGAAUGACGAUUAUCGCAUCGCAAACAUGGAAUUGUCCAACAUUUACAGCGAAAUGGAAACGAUUUACAUUCGUGCACAUGAAGAUAUCUACAAUUUGUCGCAUGUACGUGAAAAGAUUCAGCAUAGCGAAGAACUGAUGCGAUACUUAUUGCAAUGCAAGAAAGAUCAACAACCGACAGCGCCGAACGGUGAGGCUCGUAUGAACAAUUCUGGCAACAGCAGUUUUGGAUCAAAUAACGAUAGCGUUCUAUACACCACUCGAACAGACAAUCUCAACAGCACUGGGCCAUUUGGAAGAUCAGAAAGUCGUGCAGUGCCAGCGUCAUUGCCAAAUCAACUGAAUGAGAUAAAAAUGUUCAUAAGCACACCAAUCGACAGAUUCAAACUGCGAAAUCCGUUGCAAGAGCACUUGGAUUUGUGUGCAAAUCCGAUGGUCAAACUGAAAGUGUACAGCCAGUUUCCGAAGGAAGUGAAGCUAUUGGUAACCGAUUACAUGAUGACACCAGCCGGAGCGAUUCAGAAAUUGCAGGCACAAAUUGACUGGUUCACCAAGAUGGGAAUUGUUGAAGGGGCAUUCAUACCUCCAGAUAACUUGGCUGAAGUUGAUGAAACGAAAUUGAAAAUGCAGCAAAGUCAACAGAAUGACACAUUGGCUGAAACUACUGAUGAAACCACAGCGAUUUGCGCCAACAUUCAUCGAACCCAUCAAAAUAUUCAGCGUUACAUACGGUUCAUUGAUGAAAACCCACUCAGCAAAUGGGUACCAAAGAAGGAAACAUUCAACGGUAAAACAUACCAGGAAUACGAACGCGAGUUCAUGAUGUACUACAAAAUGAUUCAGAAAUAAGAAGGAGUUGAAAUAAUUUUUUUGUAGAAGGAAAAAGUAAUUGCGUAUAAUUGUUCGAGAUUAAUUUUAAUAUUUGGUCAAAUGUCUGUGUUAAGCACGUUAAUAUUUAGCUGUAUUCGUUUAGAAACCGAAACUAAAUCUCAAUUGUUCGAAUAAGAUUCAUAAUAUGUCAAAAAUAUUGGAAAGAAAAGAAUUUAAUUAAAGUCAAAAUUAUCGAUGAAA